GAACCAAGGGAAGGCCGGGCGGAAGUGCCUGCGCUUUGGGCCGCCUUAGUUACCGCGUUCUCCGCCCGGCGCACGUCAUCGCUCUGAGCCCGCUAGCCAUUGCCCGCGCGGGCGCCGCCCGAGACAGUGCGGCCGCGGUUGCCGCCCCCUCAGGACCCACCAUGUUGGUGAUACCCCCCGGACUGAGCGAGGAAGAGGAGGCUUUACAGAAGAAAUUCAACAAACUCAAGAAAAAGAAAAAGGCAUUGUUGGCUCUGAAGAAACAGAGUUGCAGCAGCACAGCCAGCCAAGGCGGUGUCAAGCGCUCCCUGUCAGAGCAACCUGUGGUGGACACAGCCACAGCAACAGAACAGGCAAAACAGCUGGUGAAGUCUGGAGCCAUCAGUGCCAUUAAGGCUGAGACCAAGAACUCAGGCUUUAAACGUUCUCGAACCUUAGAGGGGAAGUUAAAGGACCCUGAGAAGGGACCAGCUCCUACUUUCCAGCCAUUCCAGAGAAGCAUAUCUGCUGAUGAUGAUGUGCAGGAGUCAUCUAGACGCCCCCAGAGGAAAUCCCUGUAUGAGAGCUUCGUAUCUUCCAGUGAUAGGCUUCGGGAACUGAGGCCAGAUGGAGAAGAAGCAGAGGGCCCAGGACCUGGUGAUGGCACCCCUCGAAGCUUUGACUGGGCCUAUGAAGAACGUGCUGGCGCCCGCUCCUCAGCCUCUCCUCCCCAAAGCCGUAACCGAGACCGAAGUCGGGAGCGGAACCGGGACAGAGAUAGAGAUCGGGAUCGAGACAGAGAUCGAGACCGAGACCGGGACAGAGAUCGGGAACGGGACAGAGACCGGGAUCGAGAUCGAGACAGAGACAGAGAUCGGGACAGAGAUCGAGACCGGGAACGAGACCGAGAGCGAGACCGAGAGCGAGAGGGUCCUUUUCGCAGGUCGGACUCAUUUCCUGAACGCCGGGCCCCUCGGAAAGGGAAUACUCUCUAUGUGUAUGGAGAGGAUAUGACACCUACCCUUCUCCGUGGUGCCUUCUCUCCCUUUGGAAACAUCAUUGACCUCUCCAUGGACCCACCCAGAAACUGUGCCUUCGUCACCUAUGAAAAGAUGGAGUCAGCAGAUCAGGCCGUUGCUGAGCUCAAUGGGACCCAGGUGGAAUCUGUCCAGCUCAAGGUCAGCAUUGCCCGCAAGCAACCUAUGCUGGACGCUGCCACUGGCAAGUCUGUCUGGGGCUCCCUCGCUGUCCAGAAUAGCCCUAAGGGUUGCCAUCGGGACAAGAGAACCCAGAUUGUCUACAAUGAUGAUGUCUACAAGGAAAACCUUGUGGAUGGCUUCUAGGGAGUGGAGCUGGAUUCCGUGUGCCUCAUCUGCCCUAAUGCUGGUCUCAGUAAAACACUGAGGAGGAAACUCACAUAACUCCCUCAGCCUCUGGUUUUUCAGCACUUGGGAUUGGGGUUAGGCCUUUAAAAACGGCUGUCAAAUUUGAUCUCAGUUGUAACAACAUGGCCAGUGCACGUUCCCUACUCCCAAACCCCAAAAGGAUCUUGAACACA